CAAAGCCACAACGCUAGAGAGCGCGGGGAAGAGAGAUAGCAGUCAGAGCGACAGAUAAGUGCUGUGGCUGAAUCUCUCACUCUGACCGCUGUGCGGGAGUACACAGGCACCAAGCAUCUCCACACAUAGGCCCCCAACCUGACAGAGAGGGACACUGACAUAGAAGCUGGAUUCUCAGCCUCAACAGGCACAGGUUGGUGUGAUCGAGAGGCAAAAGGGGGAAGCAGAGUCGCACAAGAGGAGCAUGGAGAAGCUGACGGGGAAGGACAAGGAGCUGAUCCGGGACAGCUGGGAGAGUCUCGGUAAAAACAAAGUUCCGCACGGAAUCAUCAUGUUUACCAGGUUAUUUGAAUUGGAUCCUGGGCUGCUCAACCUGUUCCGCUACAAAGCAAACUGUGGCUCUACCCAAGACUGCCUCUCCAGCCCUGAGUUCCUGGAGCAUGUGACCAAGGUGAUGCUGGUGAUUGAUGCAGCCGUCAGUCACCUGGAUGACCUCCAUUCCCUGGAGGAUUUCUUGCUUAACCUGGGUCGAAAGCACCAGGCUGUUGGAGUCAAGACUCAGUCGUUUGCCGUGGUGGGGGAGUCUCUUCUUUACAUGCUGCAGUGCAGUCUGGGUCCUGCCUACACAGCCCCCCUGCGCCAGGCCUGGCUCAACAUGUAUAGCAUCGUGGUGGCUGCAAUGAGCAGUGGCUGGGCGAAGAAUGGAGAAAGGAAAAGUGACUGA